GUUACACUCAGAUGGCAGAUGUUGUUUGUACGAGUGUUCUGUCAUGGAGCAUCGGGACGUAAAUAUGCUCAAUAAUCCUCGCGUGAGGAACGUGCCGGGCCGCGAAUCAGAAAACGGAGAAGGAUAAAAGUCUCCUACACUUCGAGUCGUUUAUGUUCAGUGUCGUGGGGACUUUUUCUCGAAGUCAGGUAGUUGACUUCGAUUGUGACAGCACCCUGUUCACGUUCUCACGUCCUUCUAAAAAGACGGUUUCGCCCUAAUUUCCACCUGUUACAUACUUCCAAUUUGUGCUUCCUCAAAAAGCACGUGGCGACAACAACAAGUUCGUCCGACUGCAUACGAUAAGAGAAAGUUGUGGCAGGUGAAUUUCUUUUGAGGUUAUGAGAGUCUGUCGGAUCUUUUUGAUUUAAGUUUGAUAGAAUCUUAGUUAAAGUUUACAUUCUCUGUCUGCAAAGAACGAGAGGUGGAUAAAGUGCUAAGAACCGAGAAAGUGCUGUAUUGUUGGUGUUAAUCUUAAAUCAGUGGUGUUAAAAAAAGGAAAAACAAGAGUGCAAGUGUUGAUUGUUGUGAGUAUAUAUUUCACUCGUGGAUGAGAAAUUAAGAAACACGCGCGGGAGAAUUGGUAAACAAGUUCUGAUAAUUCUGAUGACAGCACACAUUCUUACUAAUUGAAAAUAUUAAUAUUUCGAAAAUAAUAACGAUAAAGCCGAAGGAGAAAUAACGAAAACUGAAGUGUGCAAUGACAAUCGAGAUUCGCGCGGGCUCUGGAGUUUCACGAAGGUGCUGGAGUUGAGAGCCUCUUCUGCUGGGAGGUAAAUGAGAAAAUCUUGGAUAAAAGAAACACGGGUUCACAAAGGCAAAAGGCGACUGAAAUUACGUGAAACCGAUCGAAGCAUCCGGCGAACUCGAGAGAAACCCUCGUAUCGAGGUUACCUCGUACUUCAAGGUCGAAGUACCGUAAACGUCUCACGUGCCAGUUGGAAAUAAACAACAACGAGGAAACCCUUCGUGCUACGAUUACUCGUGAUAUCAAAUCGGCGAGGACAAGGGAAGAAUUCGGGGAAAAAUUGAGUGAUGCUGGCUCGCUGAGUUUGUUUUCGUAUUUUGACCUCGUGUCGAGAUGUCAGGAGGUUCCGCGUGUGGUGCUCGGGGCACUGGCGCCGAGUGCAGGAAGUUCGCACCGAACAUAUUCAACAAGAGCAAGUGCAGCAGCUGCUUCAAGCAGAAGGAGGAGCACAGCGCCGAGGCUCUGGAAUGCAACAGGGCUACGAGGAAGAUCUCCAAGUGCGGGUACCUCUUCGUGGCACCGGGAUGGGACUUCUCGAACCCGCUAAACCGCACGAAGAGAUGGCAACGUCGCUGGUUCGUUCUCUACGACGAUGGGGAGCUGACCUAUUCUGUGGAUGAACACCCGGAAACUGUGCCACAGUCGAGGAUCGACAUGACCCGUGUGCUGGAAGUUGCUGCAGCAGAGGAUGUCACUGGACAUCCUUACAGCCUUGCAGUCACCUCUCCAGAAGGUGUGACCUUCGUCAAGGGCACCUGCCGCGAAGAAACGCGUUGGUGGGCCGACGUUCUUCAAGUUUACUCGAGAAACAAGGGCCGACAUAAAAGGAAUGCCACUUUUCCUGGUGGGCAAAGUACCAUUCUUCAAGUUACACCGACCAUUCGCAGUAAUACACCAAAUCCACCUCGUCCAAGGUUCAACAGCUGCCGAUCAGAGCCACGAAGUUCGAGUACCUCUUGGAUUCACGAAUCGAGUGGUGCAGAUUUGAUCACUUCCAGUUUUUCUUCAAUCCCUGGUUCAGUGACUGUUACCAGCACUCAGGCUUUGGGAAACAAUUCCUCGAAUUCUUUGUUAUCCAGUACUCUCAAUGGAAGUGCUGAUUCUUCUUGUGAUGGUUCUUCCCUGAGACCGAAUAUCUCACCAUUGAGGAAUUCCACUUUAGAAAAUGGCAACAUUCAUCCUUACGUGGCAUCCUCUUCCAAUUCGAUCAAUGGCUCCUCUUCUGGAAUCGCAAAUACAACAGCUUCCAUGAAUACAUUGACGACAAUCGCUUCGACGACCUCGACUUCCGUCUCUCCUUUAAUUACUGGAUCUGAAAAACCUCCUAUUGCUCCUUCAGAAAACCGAAAUUACAAGGACCAACCAGCAAGCAGUGCUUCUCCACCAACGAGAGAUAAACUUCGCGCUGAAGAUAAAGCGAGACGCAGAAUGCAUCAACCAAAUGAUCGUUCUUCGACCUCAAUCAACUCUAAUGAAAAAUUAGAUGAUGACGCUUGUCGAAGAAUACUUUUAGAGCAUGAAAGGGAACGAGAAGGAAAAUUAAGAGAUAUUGCUGCUUCUUUAACUCAACCAAGAGUCAGGAGAAGCAAACCGAGAACUUCGGAGCCAACGAGAGAUGUCGUUGAUGCAGCCAAUGCUGCUCACCAAGACAAAUUGAUACGGGGCGAUCCGGAUGGCUGUGGUCUCGAUAUCUCCGGUACGAGGUACUCACCUACGUCUGAAUUGCGGGUCGAUCUUCCGGCGGAGGAUUUAUUAAAUAUAAAGAAAGGCUGGUUGCUGAAACAGGGUCUCAAUAAGGAAUGGAACAAACACUGGUUUGUCCUGAGAGGCUGCGGCCUGAUGUACUAUCGAGAUCCUAGUUCCGAAGAUAAAGGAAUCAUGGAUGGCGUCAUCGAUCUUAACACCGUGACUGCCGUUACUCCAGUCCAAGGUGUUCGAAACUACGGUUUUCAGACAGUGACUUGGGACGAUCGUGGCACAACUAUAUUUUCUGCAAUAACUGGAGGAAUCAGGUCCAGUUGGAUGUCAGCUAUUAGACGAGCUGCCAAUUUACCAGAUCCUGAAGCUAAUUUGGACUCGCAAGUUUGUCAGGAGCACCAGCAGGAUGUUAAUCCACAGUCACCUACUACCUCGAUCACUGAACGUGAAAGGGAUUCGAUCGUUCCCUCGACACCAUUAACACCCAGGUCCGUUCUCUUUUCCUCGGACGAAGAAUACAGAACAGCUUCUGAGGGUGGAAGACGAGAAUCCGGCGAUUGGUCAGAAAUGCCGGUCUCUCCACCUCUCACAAGAAACGGUGAUUGGUCUCUCGCGCUGAAGGGAUCAAACUGGUCGGAUUCGGUGAAACACGAGUGGUCCGAAUUGCCACCUUCUCCUCCCUUAACAAGAACAGCAUUAUCGCGAGUCAAAGCCAGGUCGCGAUCGAGUUCGAGAUCUCGAGUUUACAAGAGAAGCAGAAGCUCUCCACCGAGCUCGCGAAGAAGUACUCUGGACAGUGUUCGCUCCGAGGAUUUGAUGAUGGCUUGUUGCGAAUUGGGCGAAGAUGAGGAGCAGACCAAUGGUCUUAUUCAGAGCAGCAAUUGUUUGCCAAACAGCAAUGACAAUCCGUUGAUUGUCGAACUGCUGGAGAGUCAAGUGACGAUGCUGAGGGAUCAGCUUGAUAAGAAUCAGUCGCAUCCAAAUACUUUGCUAGUCAUCGUCGAGCGCCAGGAGAGCGAAAUUGAGGAUUUGAAGUCGCAGUUGAACACCGCUCGUACCGAAGUUGCGAAUACGGAGAAGGAGUUGUCGAGGCUGCGGCAGCAGAAGGUGGAAGCUAAUUUGCGGGAGAAGCAGAUUGAGGAGUUGCUGAAUACGAUAGAGAGGACGGAGCAGAUGAGGAAUAAGGACCUGGAGGACUUGGAGAAGGUGAAGAAAUUGUAUAAUAGGGACAAGGAGGUUCUGGAGUGCAAAUUGUUGGAGACGGAGGCUAUUUUGAGGGAAACUAGCGAGAGGCGUGAGAUGAUUACGAAGGAACUUACGACGAGUCACAGGACUGUUGAACAUCUGCAGGCAGAGGUCACGUCCUUGGGUGAUAGGUUAUCACAAGGAAUAGAAGAAAACGAUCGUCUCUACACCAGAGUGAGAGAACUCGAAGGAAAGAGCAGCCUCUCCGCAAUCCGAGAGCGAGGCCGAAGUUUCGAUUCGCUGAGCGAUUUGACAAACAUCGACCUGGAUCUGGAUCUAAACACCUUGGACAAAGAACGCGUGAUGGAAGAGUACGAAGAACUUCGAGGACGAUUCGAGAAAGCCAUCCUCGAGAUUCGCGCGAUGCGAAAGGAACUCCGAGAAGCUCACGCGACUCAAGACGCUCUAGAACUCGAGAUAUUCGCCCACAAGCAGGAAUCCGGAAGGUCGAACGAGACCAAUCAAGCUCAAUUGCAACUCAUGGCAGCCAGAAUCCAAGACCUGACAAACAAGCUAGCCGGAAGUGAGAAACAGGUGAGGACUCUCAAACAAAAGCUCACCAAGGCUGAAGCCCGCGACAAAAGGCGCUCGCUCUCUCUAAAAGGAAGAGAGUCCUUCCAAAUAGCUCAAGAAGUGGAGGACAAAAUUCUCGACCUCGAGAGUAAAAUCUGUGCGAUUGAACGCGGAAAGAGCGUCAGUGCUCCAGCUUCUGGCAUCAGUUCAAAGGAGUCAAGUCCCAAUCCAAAGAAGGAAAGAAGGCGAGAGCAUAGGAGUUUGGACAGAGCCAGACUCCGUAGAAAGUCACUCGACAGUGCAACGAGUUCAGAACCAAUGAAGGUUCUCAUCAGACUCAGCACUCUCGAAACUAAAGUAGCCAGUGUUGCCGAAAACCUCGCGAGUGAUGCCGAAAAGGACUCGAGCGAAUGUAGCGAAGCUAGCGCCUCAUCAACGAGUGAAGUCUCCCUCGAAGUUUUGUCUAGACUCAAAAAGCUAGAAAGAGCUGUGGCGAAAUCGAAGCGAAGACUCGAAAAGUGUCUGGGAUCGACUCAAGCCGAGGAGAAGGCAGAGAAGUGUCUCCGGGCCGUGAACGAUAUUCUCGACUCGUGUCUCGAGUGCAAGAAGAACCAAGCCAACUCUCAAGUGACUGAGUCAGUAGGCGUAGUAGUCUCUAGGCUAGAAAUUAUUCUUAGGGAUAAGAUGUGCGAGCUAAUGAAGCGACGGCAGUUGCUUGCGCAGAAUGGAGAGCUCACCGAGAAAGAAAAGGCGAAACUGAUCGCCGAGAGGGUGGCCUUCGAGAGUGUCAUUCUCCGACAGAUCAAGUGUGCAAUGUCGAGGACAACGGACAAGAGUCUCGUCUUGAGCGAAUUGGUCGAAACUAGUCAGCUUAUUUCAAAUCUAAAAUGUAAGGUCUAUGGAACUAAGCCCAAAACGUACCAAAACACGAGUUUUAUACAGUAUCUCACGAGAGUUUUAGCGAAUAAGUUGUUACUGGUAGCUCCGAAGACAGAAUCAAAGGAAGUCUUGGCCGCCCAGGCGGAGAGUCUCAGCUUCCUUUUGCAAAAGCAGAAGGAGAUCAACGAGAUUGUUCGCAGGUUCAAGGACGCGAAAUUGAAACAACUCGCGGAAGCAUUAGCGACGGAGACGCUGAGUUUGUCGGAGCAGGAGGAACUGAGUCAGGUUGUCAGCUCGAGUAGAAAAUUAGUCGAGGAUCGAAGAAUCCGAGAAGCUUGGGCUAUGGCGCAGGAAACUGUUAGUAAGGAGCUCGUCCAGGCGGAGAUUUCCCACUUCAUCGUGCGAUGUGGACAGAUUUACGAGCAGAAUAUCACAUCAUUCACGGACAGCUGUUUGAUCUUUGACGAGUCGGAGAGGGUGACUCUUGAAUCAUGGGCUGAUAAGGCGCAGGCGAAACUGAGAGAAGAGAUGGAGUAUUCGAUCGAAGAAUUGACUGGAAUUUAUGAGGAGUCGCUGAGGAGGAUGAGGAAGAAUAAAACGAAGGUGGAGUCGAAGAACGAGUCGAGGGAGUUGCUGACUGACUACGCGGAUGUUGUAGCGCAAAAGGCUUUGAUUGAUGCGAGAAUAUUUUUACUCCAGGAUAACUCGCGGCAGAAAGUGUCCUUCACGGGAAAGACUUUCGUUUCUAGUCUGAUUCAACACGAAGAUCUACUCUCGAGUGUCCUCGAGGCGGAUUCCAAGUUUGAAAGUAGCCCAAUUCUGGACGCGGAGUACAGUUACCUUUAUCAGCAGUUUUCGAAGGAGUGCGAAGAGAAGAUAUCCGGUAAUCAGAGAUCCAAAGAGCAGCUGAAGAAUAUCACUCACUCGUUGAUUUGCAUGGAAGAGGACCUCGCAGGUUUGAAGAUGUCUAUGCGGGAUAAUGGGAAAGGUCUCGAUUGGCCCAAAUCAAUCGCGAUUUCCGAUUGGACGAGUGUUUGUCAGAAGUGUUCGGAGCUGAGGGAGCAGAUCAAGAGAAUCAGUGAUUACAUGAAGAAUAGAUCCUGCAAGCAGUGUGAAAUGCUGCAGAAUAAAAUUCAGCGAUUGAAUUCUGAGCACAAGAUGGAAUUGGAGGAGAUGAUGAAGAAUCAGGAGAGGGAUUUGAUGGAUAUUAAAGGUGAGUGGGAUAAUCAGCGGCACUCGAUGACUUCGCAGUAUGAGCAGGAAGCUGCGAGUUUGCGGGAAAGGGCGAGAAAGUUGGAGCAUCGAUUGAAUGCGAUGGACUCUGAGCACUCGGCUCAUGUUAAUGAAUUGCGAGCUGCCUAUCAGAGAUCGAUAAAUACAGAGUUGGACACUGAUGCGGAAACUAGGAAGAGAUACAAGGAGGAAAUUAAACAGCUGAGGGGACUUUGUGAGAAAGGAUUGUUGGCGAUGGAGAAUUCGCACAGGAGAAUUAUAGCGGAGAUGGAGGAGAAACAUAAGCAGGAGUUGGAGAGCUUGCGGGUGGAGAAGGAACAGGCGCUUUCGGAAGAAACUCAAGCUACUUUGGCUGCUUUGGAUGCCAUGAGGAAGGCUCAUGAGCACGAGGUGCAGAAGGAAAUUGCUAAAUUUAAACAGGAAUUUCUUAAGCAGGUGCAAGCGAGGGAAGAUAUUGGUGUCAUGCACAAGGAACACGAGGAAGAAAUGGAGGAAAUCAAACAAGAAAUUUUGUCUCUGUCUUCAAAGUACUCUUCGAAAUGCGUGGAAUCAGCAGCUCUGGAAGAAAAGGUCGGUUCCCUAACAAAGCAAGUAACCCAGGCACAGCAACACAUCAAACAGCUGGACGUGCGGAAUAAGCAGUUGCGUGCCCACCUAGUUUUAGAGACGAACGAUACGAGCAUCAACGACACUUUGCAACUUCUAAGGGGUAGAGAUAAGGAGAUAACCGAGCAGAGAGAGGAAAUUCAUCGACUGCAGCAACAACUCAAGCAUGGGGACGCCCCUCGUGAAUCGUCCGGUGUUUCAUCGAAAUACUCUUCGCUAAGCUACUCGCCAUCAGACUCGCCACAGAGAACGAAAUCUAGUCAGGAGCCUCUUCGAGCGAGUAGCGAGGAACUGAAAUUAAGUAGUGAGCGCCAGAGCAACUCUCUUUUGUCGACGAGAAAGUCUCUUGCAGAGGAAAAGCCGAGUUCCUUUUCGUAUAAGCUUGAGAGAAUUAAAUCCAUCUCUUUGCCCUACUCGACUGAUCUUGGCAAACCGGCGAGUAGCUCUGGUGUCUCAUCGAAAGAUAAAAAAGAAGCGAGGCUGGGCCAAAAUAACCAAGAGCGAAAUGGUCUGGCCACUCCACUUUGGGACAGUUUGAGGACGAGAAGCGGCCUUCCUCAUCAGUAUCAAGGUGGCACAACAGCGAUGCGAGUCGGCAACAAUAGCAUCAAGUGGCAGGAGAACAAACAAAAUGAAAAGCAGCAACAAUCGGAGGCAUACACCCUCCAUUCCAACACUCGUCACGCAUCCCACUUCACCCCGGAACCCACAGCUCUCUCCAUUGCAGAGUUGAUGAGGUCUCCUUCGUUGAGGUGGACUGGCAGGAGUUGUCGUAGCCUGCCCGCUAUCCCCACACCGAACUAUCAUCAUCCCCUCUACCCCCCACUCCCAGCAGUGGGCAUGGUCGCUGAGAGGAAAAAACGUUUCGAGCUUUGAAAAUUGUUGAAUACGAUACACAAGAAC